GUCCCAAUACCUUAGAAUAUUGUCUGGCACAUACAGAAGCUUCAAUAGUAAUCGUUUCCAAAUCAUUCAUCAAAAAUUUGCUAAAUAUCUCCCAUAAACUUCCUGCCUUAAAAGCCAUAAUAACAAUUGAUCCUCUUGAUGGUCUAACUUACAGAUCUGAAGCUAUACAAAAAAAUAUCCUUCUAUAUGAAUUUACUCAAAUUGAAAAGUUUGGGCAGCAACAUUUUAAGGAGCAUGUUCCAUCUCAACCUGAUGAUUUAUUAACAAUCAUGUACACUUCAGGAACAACUGGUAUUCCUAAAGGCGUAAUGUUAAGUCAUAGUAAUAUCAUGGCAACAUUGUGUCCAAUAUUUGACUCCCCUGAUGAGGAACCAGGAUCUCGAGUAAUCUCUUAUCUGCCUAUGGCUCACAUCUAUGGUCUUAUGAUGGAAGUCCUUGCAAUAAAUCUUGGCUUCUCAGUUGGUUAUUUCAGUGGGAGCACAACCAGAUUGUUUGAAGAUGUUCGAAUUUUGCAACCUAUAUCGUUCCCCAGUGUGCCUAAAAUAUUUAUGGAAUUAUAUCAAAGUAUAAGAGCUGCUACUAUCGAUGCGCCUGGUGUGAAGGGUGAAAUAGCAAGACAAGCGUAUCAGAAGAAAUUGGCACAUUUUAAAAAGACUGGUGA